UCCGGAGCCCAACGUCUGGAAGCCAGAAGCAGGUGCCAUGGAGUACAUAGGAAGCAAGUAUAUCGGGGACUAUGUAGAUGGGAGGAUGGAGGGCAAAGCCGAGUACAUCCUCCCCACCGAAACGAGAUACGUCGGGGAGAUGAAGGACGGCAUGUUUCAUGGCAGAGGAACCCUGUUCUUCCCCAGCGGGAGCCGAUAUGACGCUGUCUGGGAGAAGGGCUUGGUCGUGGAGGGCACGUACACCUUCGAGGACGGGCUGAAGUACGAGAGCAAGCACUGGCACUACUGCGACAGCUAUGACCGGAGGUUUUACACCGAAAUCUGCCACGGCUUGAAGCCUGCAGUGAUCUCGCAACUCACCAACUUGGACCCACCUAGAAAAAUCCCCAAGGGCUGUUACGACUGUGGAGAUGGCUUCUAUAACCCGAUCACACGGGUGGUCAAGGACUACAAGAACCGCUUCCUGAGAAACGCAGACGAUGACGAGCACGAGUGGAUCGUGGGAACAUGUCGGAAGGGCUGGGACCAGAUCGUGGGCCGCUGCAUCCAGCUGUGA